UAUUUCCAUAAACAGCUGUUGACCAGUGCCCUUAUCAUUUGUAUCGUGCGAGAUUUUAGAUUACAAACUUACUCUACAAUCUACUUUAAAUAAAAACACGGUGAAUCCUCUUGCAGUUUAAGCAUAUGAGCGAAAUUAAGGUAGAAUUCGCUGUUCAAAUAAAUGGCGAGCGUUGCGCUGAAAAAGUGCGCAAUGUCCUCAAAGAUUGCGGCAAAGUACACAUUGAUGCCACUGAGGGACGAGUCACGGUAGAGACAAAAGAACCUUGGUGUGUUUUAAAAGAAAAAAUCGAGUGCACUGGACGAAAGGCAGUGUUGGUCGGCUUUGGUGGGCAAUCUGCUGUGGCGAUUAUAAAUACAACUGGCAGUGAUGUUGAUCGCACACCAAUUCAAGGAAUUUUGCGUUUUAGUGCGCUAACAAAGGAUCAUCCCGGCAUAGUAGUGGACGGUGUUGUGGAUGGGUUAACACCCGGCUUGCAUGGUGUGCAUGUGCAUGAGACAGGUGAUGUGUCAAAAGGUUGUGCCUCGCUCGGAGAGCACUAUAACCCACGUGGUUCACCUCAUGGUGGUCCGGAUGAUGUACCAGAAGCAAGACAUGCAGGCGAUUUGGGAAAUAUACGUGCGGAUGAUAGUGGAAGAGCUACUUUUCGUUUUAUUGAUCCUGUAUUAGCCGUGUGGGAUAUCGUUGGGCGUUCGGUGGCCAUAACAGCAAACGCUGACGAUAUGGGAAGAGGUGGAAACGCACAGAGUCGCAUUGAUGGAAAUGCUGGUGAACGCAUUGCCUGCGGAAUUAUUGCACGUUCGGCGGGAAUUUUGGAAAAUUUUAAAAAGAUUUGUGCAUGUGACGGUGUAACACUAUGGGACGAACGCAACAAACCCAUAGCUGGUGGUGACCGUACACUUAAGUUAUGAAGGAAGCAAAUAGGUGGUGUUAAAAUUAACUAGCAUUAGGAAUAUAACAGGUAUAUCCAAGUGUAGGCUGUGGGAAUAAGUAAUAAAUUGGACAAUUUUUGCUUGCAUUUAAAA